ACUCUAACGAUCGAGGGACCGUUUAUUAUCUAAUGAGUGGAAUAAACUUUUGGAAGAAGUUGUUUUCGGCAUCUUCAAUUACACGAUAAUUAGACCAAUUCGGUCGCAUGUUCUCUGAACAAAAAUGGUGAAAUGCAUAACUGUGUGUCUGCCAGCGAGGCUGCAAUAUUUUUACAAAAGAUUCAAAAGUUUCUCCAAUCAUACCGAUUGUUUUGCUCAUAUCAAAUGUCUUUGUUCUUAUCUGGCAAUGGAUGGUCGUCGUAACCUGCGCUGGCUGGGCGUGCUUUCUACGUACAUUCCGCCGUUGACAUUCUCCAUCUAUCAAACCACACGUGGUGAGAACAUCGUCGGUAUAGGCUACCACUUCAUCAUGAUCAUGCACUCUCUCAUUGCACUGUUCAAAAUGACCACUCUCAGACUAAACUCGGAGAAAAUCCAAACACUGAUCAAUUACUUCAAUGCACACGUUUUCCAUCGGGAUGACCCGCAAUGUUACCAUCUGCGUCGGAAGACCUACUUCAUUACGUGGAAAAUUUGCUUCGCCCUGGCGGCACAUUUUAUUCUGAAUGUAGCGGCCGCUUUUGCCACCACAGGUCCAAAAAGUCCGUACAUUGGAUUAUGUGAAAAACAGAUAGUCUGGUAUCAAGAAAUUAUGCUGCUAGUCAUAAUAAGUUGCAUUAUGGUGCAUAUGUGUAUCUACUCGACGGCCAUUUUGAUCGUGUCCUUCCUGAUGCAUUGGUUUCAAACAGAACUCGAAAUCGUGGCAACUGCAUUCUCGAGGAUUAUCCACGUCAAACCUCAAGGUGCGCAGGGAAACGGUGUGCACUAUUUGAGGAUCUUGUUCCAACGCGAGGAAGUCCGUUGGACGGGGAUAGAGCGUAGAAUGAUUUACUGUAUCAGUCGACACGGAGAAAUCAUUGACCUUAUCAAGCUUUUGAGGGAGAUUGUGGAACCUAUAUUUUUCGCACUCGGAUUUUAUAUUGUAACAUCGAUUUCGACUAUGAUUUUCCUCAUGUAUAGUGAUGGACUGUACAACGUACUCGCUGUUGGACAUAUACUGGCCGUGAUUUUUGAGUUUUACUAUUACGCUCAUCUGGUGGACGAUUUGGAUGAUAAGAACCAUUUGAUCGCAACCGUUAUUUACAAACAAGAUUGGUCCACUCAGAUGAGGUACUCGUCGCGUUUCGCGAAACAGUACAAAAGUGUGAAGAGCAUGAUACUGAUUGUCAUCAUGCACUCCCAACGGCCGUUUCGGUUCACCUGUGGCGGAUUGUACAAAAUGACAGUGCCUGUGUUUACCGCCUUGGUUGAAACAAUCUACGUGGCGGUUACGUUCAUGUUACGGACAAUUAAGAUCCAGCGAUACUGAGCGGUCGGUCGAUUGCCAUGUUUGGGUAUGCCAGCGCGACGGCGUCAACUCUCUGAUCACAGUUGGUCUAAUGGAAUAAAUUAUCGUUGCAUCCCACACUCUGCACGUAGUUGGUGGUGAUUCAGAUGGAUUAGUACUCACCAUCCUUAUUAAUAUCCCAAAUCACGACUCGCGCCCGAAGACGAGCGAAGUUAACAGCUAAGUGGCGCCCGACUCCACCACCGCCUCCGGUUAUUAACACCACCUGUCCAGAAACAUCCUGCGGAGAGAUAGAGAUAAGAGGAGAGAAAAUUUAGAUGCGCAUGCCGAGAUUUCUGGACUAGUAUAUACGACUGUUUCUG